UUCUUUUUUAAUUUCAAUAUUUUCAACGAAAUUUUGACACAAGGAUAUGCGCUUCAUCCUUCUAAUUUAGGGAUUCCAUAGGCAUUGCUGGAAUGGCCAGCUGGUUCCGGAGUUAUUCCGGAAUAAAAUUUGAAUUGGCUAUUUUGGAAAAAGUAAAUUGUCGAUAGUUGUCGAUAUGAGAACAGUUUAGUUUUCAGACCUAAGCGAACUAAAAAAGAUAGAAAAACAUGUCUGAAAGUCCAUCCCGGUCACUAAGCGCCUUGGCACCAGUUUUACGGAUGAUCCGGGGAACUGGUUCUGAGGUCAAUUGUUGAAUGUGAUUAAAUACCAUCACGCGGCAUUUUUCGCGAUUUUUCAUUGACAUCAUUCUGAGCUGUUUUUGUGAUAUCCAAAACAUUUGCUCCUGCGAUUCAUUAAGGGACUCUUUUAAGAAUUCCUCAAGGAAUACCUCUAAUGGUUCUUCUAGGGGUUUCUCUAGGUAUUCUUUUGUGGAUUUAUCGAGAUAUUUCUUCCAAGAACUCUUAGGAUUCCUCCAGACAGUCUUGAUGGAUUUCCAAUAAAAUUUUCUGCAAGGAUUCCUCCAGCAACUACAACUAGAAUUUCUCUAAAAAUUCUUACUAUUGUACUUCUCGGAAUUAUUCUAGGGAUUCCACUAGAAAUUUCUAUUGGGAUUCCUACAAAAAAUCCUGGUGGGAUUAUUUAAGAAAAUCUUCCUGGGAUGCUUCCAGGUUCUUCCAGGUGAUUCUUCCUAAUUUAUUCAAAAAUUUUAUCAAGAGAUUCCUCGAGAAAUUCUUCAUGGAACUUCUACAGGAGCUCCUAUUAUGAUUUCUCCUGCUGCGAUUCUUCCAGCAAUUUCUCCUAGAACUCCUCAAGAUGUUCUAACUGUGGUACCUUCAGGAAUUCUACUAGGGAUUCCUGUAGAUUCCCUCUAGCAUUCCUGCUGGGAUUCUUCCAGGGAUUUUUUCAAGGAUUUAUCCAAGACUUCCUCCAGGAAGUUUAUCCAGGGAUUCUUCAAGAAAUUCCUCAUUCCUGCUGGCCUUCCUCCAUGAAUUCCAGCAGGGAUUCCUCAACCAAUUUCUAGGACUCAUCCAGAAAUUAAAACUGUGAUAAAUACUUUCAGGAAUAAAAAUUUCUCAUGCGAUUCCACCAGGGACUCCUCCAGAAUACUUCUAUCGAUUCGCCCUAGGAGGACUGUAGGUAUAAUCCUCCAGGUAUUUGUUCAAGGAACUUCUGUUAGGAUUCUUAAUGGGGCUCUCCAAUAAUAAUUCCUCUGGAGAUUCUUUCAGCAAUUCCUAUUAAUUCUAGGAAUUCCUCCAGAAAUUCCUUCAAGUAUUGUUGGUGAGAUCAUUCAAGACAAUCUGGUAACUGUACUGAGUGCCUGAGAGUAAACGCGACUAAAAUAAUAGCUCCAAAUUUUAUCACAAUAUUUAAUAAUACUUAGCGUAUAAAAUCACGAAAAUAUAACGUUUCUAUACAUCGAAACGGGCUCUUCGAGUUGUGGUGAAAAUAUUCCGAUUAUAUCAGUGAUAAGUUAUUAAAAUAGUUAAAUUUCAAAAACUAUUUGAUAGAGCGUCCCUAUUGCGAGUUGAUAUGAGUACCACGUCUAUUCGAUACAAAAGAUCAGCAAUGGACGAAUGCUCAGUAUGUAACACUGAAAUCCAGUCUGACGAGAAAAAUGUGAAAUGUGUGUAUUGCAGCAAUUUAUUGCACGUUAAAUGCGCGGGUCUAUCAGAUUCUCGCUAUAACAAGAUUCAGAAGGGACAUUGCUACUACUGUUCCGGUCAUUGUGAAACCUCGCAUGCAAACAGCAGAAAGAUGGACGAACUAUUAACUAAUAUGAAGUGCUUGCAAACGUCGAUGGACAAACUCAAUCAAAAAUGCGAAGAAAACGGUACAAAUCAGAAGAAAACGGAUGAUGCUGUGAGAAAACUGAGUGCGUCCAUGUGUGAACUCACAAAGUCUCAGAGUGACAUUAAGAAUUCGGUUGAAGAAGUGAAAUCUUCACAAGCGUUCAUUGCGGCUCAGUAUGAAGACAUCAAGUCCUUACACGAGGACAUGAAGAAGGACUUUGCAGGGUGUGUUACUAAAGUGAGCGAACAUGAUGGCCACAUUCAGGCCUUAAACAGCACUAUCGUCGAUAUGAAGAAGCGUCUGCGUCUGGCGGAGCAAAAUUUGUUGAAAAACGAAAUCAUCAUUAAUGGCAUACCCAAGGAACUCACUAUCGCAGAAUCGACGAUCAUCACAAAAGUAGCGGCUGCCGUAGGGGUGCAACUAUUCUCUACUGACAUCGAAAGAACCCUCCGGGCUAGGAACGGAAUGAUCCUGGUCGAAUUCAGCAACUCUAAAGUACGAAAUGACAUCCUUCGUGCUCGUAAGGGUAAAUCGGUGUAUGCUGAUGAAAUCGACUUUGGCAAUGCGGCGCUACCCACCAGCUCAAGGUCUUCUCCCAACAACAAGCGAUUCCAUACUAAGGUCUUCAUAAAUGAGAAUCUGACGAGAGAAACCCGUUCACUGUUUCGAGAAGCCAAAUCUCUCCGGGUAUCUCAUGGGUUCAAGUAUGUGUGGUGCAACAACGGGAACAUCUACUGCAAGAGAGACGACUCGGCAGAUGUCUACAUCAUCGAUUCCAUUGAGGAUCUCAAGAGAUUGCGUUCAUCUCCAAGGAAAGCUUGAUCGCUCAAACUCUCUGCUGUUGUUGCUGGCUGCUGUUGUUGCUGCUGGUUGCUGUUGGAGGCUGCUGAUGUUGGUGUUAGUACGGUGUUUUCUGUUCACAUGUAUUUUCUGUCAUGGGAACGAACGAUGACGACGAUUUUAUUAGCAAUGUGCGAUUAGGUGAUAACUUAAAUAUUGUAUACCCAAACUCGAACGAAAUUUUUACCAAUUCAAAAAUCAACCUGUUGUAUAUGAAUAUUAAUUCGAUACGAAAUAAAAUAGAAGAUCUUAUGUUGUAUUUAGCAAAGUUCAAAUCAACUAUCCAUAUUAUCUGUAUCACUGAAAUGAGAUUAAAUCCCGAUGAGAUCUAUAUGUGCAAUAUUCCUAGCUACAACGUAGUUUGUUGUCCACGAUCCAAUAGACUAGGUGGUGGUGCCUGUAUGUUUAUUCACGAAUCUAUAGAGUAUGAUGUUAUGAAAAACGAAGAAUUUCUGGAAGGUAGCUGUAUUAUUGUUUCUCUGAGAGAGCCGAGAUUGGAUAUUGCAGUAGUGUAUAGACCCCCACAUGCAAAUUUGAAUGACACUAUACUGUACCUAGAUUCUCUGUUGGAAUCUGCUGGGAAACUGAUUUGUGUUGGUGACUUCAACAUCAACUUACUAAACACGACCUCGAAUGCUUAUGUAUCAAUGGUGGAAUCCAAUGGAUUUACAUUUUUAAACAGAGUCGAUAACGAUAGUGCUACACAUGGAAUAAACCCAACAGGAACAAUAAUAGAUCAUGCUUUUACGAACAUAUAUUACCUAAACUUUGGAUUAUGUAUCGAUGACAUUAGUUUCACAGAUCAUAAAUCAUUGCUUAUCAGCUUCGACUCGCAGAAUAGUUUAUCUAGAAGCAAUAAAUCAACCAAUGUUGUGAAAUACAAUUACGCUAGCAUUACUGCUGAUCUAACGCAUUUAGUGGAAUCAGCUGCCUGUUUGAAUAGUUUUAACCAGUUGAUAAAAAAUUGUAUGUCCAAAAACUCAUAUCAAAUUCGUACAUGUAGUAGAUAUCAAGCUAAAGCGCCAUGGAUAGACGAAACAGUACUUGGAGAAAUACGAUACAGGGAUCAGUUAUACAGGAGAACGCUUCAAUGGCCAGAUAACUUACUAAUACAGCAAAAUUACCGAAAACAAAAGAACUACGUGACUCGUCUCAUUAAACAAAAGCAAAAAACAUAUUAUCAAAAUCAGAUAGUUGCGAAUCGCAGCAACAUUAGAAAGGUGUGGAGUAUAUUGAAUGAAAUUGUGUUUCGAAGAAAAACAAAACAAGGAAAUUCAAGUAUUUCGAAAAUACUCUUGAAUGAUAGGGUAUUGGAGGAUAGUGUAGAUAUAUGUAAUGCAUUCAAUAGUUAUUUUAUCAACAUACCUCACGAGCUUUUGUAUAAUUUGGAUCAAAAAUUUAAUAAUGAGCCUCGAGAUUUCACAUUGAAUAGAUCAAUUGCAAAUUCUAUUGUUAUACUACCAGCUUCAGCCAAUGAGGUUGGCAACUACAUACGUAGCCUAAAAAACUCUAAUGCAGCAGGAGUAGAUGGUAUUCUGUCGAAAGUUAUUAAACAAAAUUUAGAAAUAAUUGUUCAAAAACUAACCUCUCUAAUCAACCAAUCGAUCGCCGACGGCGUAUUUCCUUAUUGUUUGAAAUCAGCGAAAAUAGUGCCAAUUUACAAAAGCGGCUGCAAAACAGGUUUAGGAAACUAUAGGCCAAUAUCAGUCCUCCCGGUUCUAUCCAAACCAUUCGAAAAGAUUAUACAGCAAAGGCUGUGUAGUUUUUUUGAUCGCCACAAAAUAAUCAGUAAAAAUCAAUAUGGCUUUCAACAAAAUUCGAAUACCACCAGCGCCACUGUCAAUCUAAUAAAUGAAAUUCAGGUUAACUUAGACGAACGUAAAUUAUGUUCUGCAAUUUUUAUAGACGUAUCAAAAGCAUUUGAUUGUGUCUCUCACACAAUACUAUUGAAAAAACUCCAUCAGUACGGUAUUAGAAACAAAGCUUUCUCACUGAUUGAAUCAUACUUGAAUAACAGAUGUCAAUGUGUAAGCAUCAAUAAUCAUACUAGUCGAGAAUUGACUGUUGACUUUGGCGUACCACAGGGCUCAAUCCUAGGACCAUUACUAUUUAACGUUUAUGUAAACGACAUUUUUGAUCUUCCUUUGAAAGGAAAGCUUCAACUCUUCGCUGAUGAUGCCGCUUUAGUUUAUAAUGCAAAUAGUUUCGAAUUCCUUUACCAAGAUAUGCAACAUGAUUUGAAUUUACUACAACAAUGGUUUUUCAAUAAUGGAUUAACGGUUAAUGCAUCUAAAACAAAGUAUAUUAUAUUCCGUAAGAACGAUCAGUUAGAUAACAUACAUUAUGACCUGUGGCUUAGUGGAGAAAAGCUAGAAAGGGUUGUCUCUUUGGCUUAUUUGGGUCUGAUAGUUCAACAGAGUUUGCGAUGGAAUUUACAUGUUGAACACAUUCAUAAGAAAAUUAGUAAAUUUCUCGGUAUGCUCCGCCAAAGCAGCUACAUGAUACCCCUUAAAGAGAGGAAAAAUCUAUUCUAUGCCCAUGUUAAUUCACAAAUUUGUUAUCUCUGUAUAAUAUGGCAAAACGCUCCUAAUUACGUGAUUAGUAAAAUCUCAAUAACUUUGAACAAGUUCAUGAGAACUAUUUUUUGGGAAGAUUAUUUGGAUCCUAACGUUAGAACUGUUGAUUUGUACAAAAACAACUACAUUAUGAAUUUUGCUCAACUUAAGUAUUUCGAAUCUGCUUUGUUUGUUUAUAAAGUAAAAAAUAAUCUAAUUAAACAUAACUUAGAACUCCAAUCAUUGAGUGAGUUACACCGAUUCAACACACGAAACAUGAUUAAUAUACAAAUAAGAAUACCAAGAACUAAUUACAUUAAGCUUGGUUGCAUAUAUCCUGCCAUAAUUAACUACAAUAACUUACCACUGAGUUUGAAAACUAUUACUUCAAUCCACAUAUUUAAAAAUAGUCUGAAAAAAUACGUUAUUGAAAACAUUAUAUGAUAUAUAUUGAUUAUUAUACUUAAAUACUCUCAUUUGCACUGAACUACCAUCGAUUAAAGACCUCCUAAUCAGUCUUCGGACUGUCUGAGGUCUAUCAAACAAUAACUAAGCAUUGUAAUAAAUAGGUUAGGGGAAGAAAGUUAGAAUUAGAAAUGUUUGUAAUGUUUCUUUUGUAUACUUUUUUGAAGGGGUUUUUACGCCUGGGAUUGAAACAUAUCAAUAUAAAUGUUUCCAUCCUGGCUUUUCCCCUUACCGAAAAAAUGAAUAAAUAAAUUAAAAAAUAAAAAAAAAAAAUUAAAAAAUAAAAAAAUCUUCCUGGGAUUAUUCAGAAGUUCCUCCGGUGAUGCCUCCAGGAACAUCUUCAGAUAUUUAAUCCAGGAAUUCCAGCUGGGAUCCCUCAAGCAAUUGCAACUGUGGUUCUACCGGCAAUUCAUCGUAGGACUCCUCCAGAAAUUCUAACUGUAAUAUUUUUAGGUGUUUUCCUAGAGAUUUCUCUUGGGAUUUCUUCAGGAAUUCUUGCUUGGAUUAUUCAUAGAAAUAUUUCUGAAAUUCUUCCAGAAGUUCCUCCAGGAAUGUCCAAAGAAAUUUUGUCCAAAACGCCCGGCUGGAUUCUUCAUUUAAUUAAUCCUGCGGUUGUUCCAGCUAUUCUUGUCCUACUCCUUCAAAAAUUCUAACUGUGGUACUUCAGAAACUCUGCUAGAGAUCCUUUUAGAGCUUUCUACUGGCUUUCUCGCUGGGAUCUUCUGGGCGAUGUGCCUGGAAUUCUUGCAGAAAUUCCUUCGGUUGAUCUACCAGGGAUUUCUCCACGGACACAUCCAGGAAUUCCUCCAGAGAUAUUAAAGACUGGACUCGAAAAAAAAUGAGACACUCAAAAUAAUGUAUAACUUUUGAUUGCGUUCAGAAAAAUAGCUGAUUUUCUAACCAGGAAUAGCAUGUUAUGUGUAGUUAAUGCCCUAAAAAUUUCAUCAAAAUCGGUUCAGUAUUGGCGCAAAUAUUGUCGAUACAAUAAAAUGUGAUUUUGGAAAUUUUGGGCUUCCAUUUUAAAAAUUGUUUAGGCUAUAACUUGGUUGUUAGCUCAUCAAAACGUCUGAAAAUUUGACUGUAAGUUCUUCAAGUAAGUCAUAAUAAGUGGUGAAAAUUUCAUUUUAAUCGGUUCAGUACUUUUUUUUAUAAUUCAAACAAAAAAACGGGGUUUUCAAAUUUUGGGCACUUUUUAACAUUUUAAAAUCAGUGUGCAUUAUUUUGACUGUAGUUCAGACUGUAGACAGAUGUUCCUCGAGUGAUUCCUCCAGGAAUUUUUAUCGAAGACAUUUUAUCCAAGAAUUCUCCUAUGGAUUUCUCAUGGGAUUCCUCUAGGAACUCUUGUUAGCUUUCCUCCAUGAAUUCCUACUGGAUUUCUCAAACAAUUCAUGCUGUGGUUCUUCAAUCAAUUUCUCCUGUGGAGCGGACCUGGUGCGAUGGUUAAAGCACGUGGCUAUCACGCCGCACACUGGGGCAGAACUGAAAUACAUGGGAAUAACCUCAAGCUCGUCGAGAUGUUGAGAUACUCAUUUGGUGUCUUCAGAGAAAAUAUUUCUAUGAACAUGGUCGAUAUUCUGAGCGGUAGUUAAUUUUUCUUACGUUAUUCGCAUAAAAGUCCUAUAAGUCAUUUUGGCCAAAUUACAUUUUAGCGACAUGGUGUCUUCAGCAAACUUUGUCAGCAUAAAUAGCCGAACAACUUUGCCGAAGACACCAUAUCGCUAAAAUGUAAUUUGGCCAAAAUGACUUAUAGGACUUUUAUGCGAAUAACGUAAGAAAAAUUGACUAUCACUCAUAAUAUCGACCAUGUUCAUAGAAAUAUUUUCUCUGAAGACACCAAAUGAGUAUCUCAACAUCUCGAUGAGCUAGAGGUUUUUUCCAUGUAUUUUCAGUUCUGCCCCAGUGUGCGCCGAGGACCUGGGAUCGAAUCCCACUCCCGACAUACUCACAAAAUGUGAGUUCUUCCUUCGGAAGGGAAGUAAAGCGUGGGUCCCGAGAUGAACUAGCCUAGGGCUAAAAAUCUCGUUAAUACAGAUAGAAAAAAAAAUCUCCUAGGACAACUCCAGAAAUUCUUACUGUAAUAUCUCCCGCAAUGCUUCUGGGGAUUAUUCUGAGGAUUUCUUCUGAGAUUACUUCAAAAACUCUUGCUGGGAAUAUUUAAGGCAAUUUUCCUAGGAUUCUUCAAUAUGUUCCUUUGGUGUUUCCUCAUGGAAUUCCUCUAGAAAUUCUUGGAAUACGCCAUUUUUUUCUUUUUUUUUCUUACUCACCUUCAUAAACAAACACGAGAAAUAAAAGAAGGGAAGAGAGACACUGACCUCUCUUGGCCUUCCUCCAGGAAUUCCAUCCGAAAGAACUCCAUAGGAACCUCUAGAAGAAUCCCUAAAAGAAAUUAUGGAGAUAGCAUAGUUGGAAAGUUUAGAGAAAUCCUACGAUGUAUUACUGGACAAAUCUUCCUACAUGAAAUAAUUCUAAAAGAAGUUCCUUGAAUAUAUACCCAGUAUAUACCAGAAGAAACUACAAGUGAAAUCACUGGAAGAAUCGGUAUACAUACAUAUACAUCGGUAUUCUUAUUAGAUAAAGCCCAUAAAAUUACUUUUAAAAAAAAUUUCAAGAUUUUUGCGACACUUUUUCUUUAGCACUUAAUUUUAGGUAAAUUUUAUUUACCGUGUAUGUCAAACAGGAACAUUUGUUGUCAAAAGCUGUGUUCAGUCAUCCAGUUUACAAAAGUUGUACUUCUCGGCAAUCAGUUGAUGACUGAGAUAAUGUGUUAUCUCAAGUAUGUUUGACAAUUUACGUAUCAUUCAAAUCACUACAUGUUUUAUGGCCUUUCCACUCAUUGCCAAAAUCACUAGACUUUCACACUUCUAUGAAGCGUUACGUAAUUUAUGCAUGGUGACUGACGUUAUGCAAUAGUUAAUAAAUACAUGUUUUGCGUAACAUUUUUUAUACACUGCGUAAAAACUGACAAUUGCAACAAAAUUUCUUCUUUUUUACCGUUACGUAAUUUUUAAACGUUCCCUGCCGCAAAAAAAUGAAUAGAAAAGAUGUAAACUUCACGUAGUUUUAACUAUGUUUAAAUUUUUGCUGAGGUGGCUUUCAUUUGAUCAAUCAAUUGAAGUUUAAUUUGGUGGGCCAAAAUAUGUGCACUUGGUGGUCCAAAAUAGAAGCCCGAGAUCCUUCGGGAGUUUUGAUAUUUCUUGUAUUUACUACAACAAUUUUGAGUGUCGUUUGGCCUUUUUCGAAAGAAAACAUGUUGCUCUACGUAAUGCCUACUGUAAUUAUCCAUAUUUGAAGUGGGAACUUUCUUUUUUCGCUUAAUUGUUCAUCCACUUCCUAAAGGGGUCCAAAAUACCUCCCUUGGAAGAACACUUUCCAAGCAAAACACAUAUGUCACAGUACAGUCACGACAGCAAGGGUUUCAGUUGCGCAGAUGUCGCUGUGACUUACUUCUAGUAAAUAACUGCUUACUUGCUGGAAGUAAGUCACAGUAACUGCUGAGCAACCAAAACCUACGCUGUCGUGACUUUUCUGUGACAUGUGUACUUGGAACGGAAAUCCGUAAAGUAAUACCAUGUGACAUUGUUGGAGGAAUCCAUGGAGUUAUCCCUUGACAAGUGACAAGAAGAAUGUGUUGAGCAAUCCCAGCAAAUAUUUUUAGAGGAAUGCUUGGAGAAUAGACAGGUCCAAAUACAAAAAUGUCGAAAAAUUCCACCGGGCACCCUCUAGAAUGCCUUUGGAUGAGAAGAACAAUCUGUGAAAGAUUCUACUCAAUCGGUUAAAAUCUGAGCUGGCGCCAAUGAGUUGAAGGUUUGUAUGGGAUGUUCAGCAUAAGCGUAACUAGGUCAUAGCUCUAGGGGGGGCCAAAGCCAUGUCGAUAUAGAUUUAUACUAAAAAGAUACUUUUCGCCUGAAUCGCGUGAUUUUUUUCCGAAAUGGAUUUUUCUGGAGGGGGCCAGGCCCCUCCUGGCCACCCCCUAUUUACGCCAAUGAUGUUCAGCCCAAAUAUAUGAGAAAUUGGAUGAUCUCCAGUCUGUCAUUCAGUACGCCGGUUUGGCAAGUUCGAUUUGGCUCAGGAUUGAAAAAAUAAUAGUUGAUAUCCUAAUGAACAACUUUAUAGAAGACCAUAUCAUGAUAAAACUUACUUUAGUUGCGGUUUCGACCAACGAAAGCAGGAUGAGGACAUCUUCCCCCGUUUACUCUCGGUUGUUACAUGCAGCACGUGUUUGCCGUUCGAAACUUGAACAUUACAUCAUAGGCGGCUAUGUUGUCCUUCAUUUCAAUUGCUCACGCACGUGGAUGGGUAUCGACACAAUGAAGAAUUGCAUAGCUGCCUAGCUGCAUGGCUGCGCGCUACGCAUAAGCUUCGACCGACAAACACGUGCUGCAUAUAACAACCGAGAGUAAACAUGAGAAGAUGUCAUCCUGCUUUCGUUAGCUGAAACCGCAACUAAAGUAAGUUUUAUCAUGAUAUGGUCUUCUACAAAGUUGUUCCUUAGGGUAUCGACUACCAUUCUUUCAAUUCUGAGCGAAAUCGAACUCGCCAAACCGACGUGCUGAAUGAGAGACUGGAGGUUUUCCAAUUUCCUAUAUAUUUCGGCUGAACAUCUCAUACAAACCUUCAACUCAUUUGCGCUAGCUCAGAUUUUAACCGAUUGAGCUGAAUCUUUCACAGAUUGUUCUUGGAGAUUCCCCUUGGAACCUCGUAUAGAUUCCCUCAGAAAUCUCGUGGAGAUUUACCCAGAAAUCUCAUGGAAAUUCUUCCUGGAAUCUCGUGGAGACUACGCCCUGGAUCUCGUGGGAAUCUCCACGAGAUCCAUGGCGUAUCUACACGAGAUUACCUGGAAUCUCGUGAAGAUUCUCCCUAGACUCUCGCGGAAAGUCUUCCUGGAAACUCGUGGAGAUUUCCCUGGAACUGGAACCUCAAAGAGAUUCUCCCUGGAAUCUAGUGUAGAUUCCUCCUGAAAUCGCGUGAAAAGUCUCCCUGGAAUCUCGUGAGGAUUCUUCCUGGAAUCUCGUGGAGAUUCUCUCUGGAAUCUCGUGAAGAUUCUCCUUGGAAUUUCGUGGAGAUUCUCCCCUUGAAUCUCGUAGAGAUUCUCACGAAAGACUAUCGCGGAAAGUCUUCCUGGAAACUCGUGGAGAUUUCCUUGGAACUGGAACCUCAAAGAGAUUCUCCCUGGAAUCUAGUGGAGAUUCCCCCUAGAAUCGCGUAGAAAGUCUCCCUGGAAUCUCGUGAGGAUUCUUCCUGGAAUCUCGUGAAGAUUUAUCUGGACGUUCGUGUAGAUUCUCCCUGGAAUCUCGUGGGGAUUCUCCCUGGAAUUUCGUGGGGAUUCUCCCUGGAAUCUCGUGGAGAUUCUCCCUGGAAUCGCGUGGAGAUUCUCCUUGGAAUCUAGUGGAUAUUCUCCCUGGAAUCUCGUAGAGAUUCCACAUGGAAUCUCGUUGAGAUUUCACCUGGAAUCUCGUGGAGAUUCCACCUGAUAUCUCGUGGAGAUUUUCCUUGAAAUCGUGUACAGAUGCCACCCGGAAUCUCAAGGAAAUUCUUCCUGGAAUCUCGUGGAGAUUCCUCCUGGAAUCUCGUGGAGAUUCCUCCUGGAAUCUUGUGGAGAUUCUUCCUGGAACCUCGUAAAGACUCCCUCAGAAAUCUCGUGGAGAUUCCCCCAGAAAUCUUAUAAAGAUUUUUCCUGCAAUCUCGUGGAGAUUCUCCCCUGGAAUCUCGUGAAGCGCUUCCCUUAAUAACUGCGGAAGUGCUCAAAGAACACUAAGAUGUAGAGAGGCAGUCCAAGUUCCAGUGGGAUGAUACAUAUACUCGGAUGUUAUACUAGGCGGAGCUGUCAAACAGCUAUCAGAAGAUAAUAUCAAAAAAUCUCUUCGAAAUUGAUUUUAGAUAUCAAAACAAAGUUCUAUAAAUAUGAAAAAAAGUCUUAGAAAAAAGUGCUCUUUUGUAUAAUAUUUUAAAAAUCAAUAAAUUGUCCAAAAUUUAGGAACCCAAUUACAGUUGUCUUUCUACAUCUCGAUAUUGAAGGGACCAUCGAUAUAGGGAGAGAUCGAAUUGAAGGACCUAUUUAUAAUGCACACUAGAUUGAAAAAGCUUCGGUAACUAGGAAGAACCGUCAACAAACAGAUGUCACCUCGCCUUUCCAGAAUGUUAUACACCUACUAGGAUAGGAUGUGAAAUUCUCCUGUCAAACAUUUCAAUUUUGAUGCUUAUUUCGCACCGUAAAGCACUAUUUGCAAUUGGAUUAGCAAAGCUAGCAACUAAAAUUGCUUUCAAACGCAAUGUUCUUUUAUUUGUAGUGAAAUAUAUCGAAAAUUCAAUUAAUUUUACACCAAUCAAUGAUUUUUAUCGGUGUUCGGGCUUGGGAGUCACUUUAGGUUGAUUAAGUUCUAAAUGCUGGCAUAUUUGAAGCGACGAAGCUUGAAUUAAAAAUAUACCUUGAUUUUAAAUAUUGCUAUCAAAUGCUAAACCUACAAACUAGCAACACGGCCAAACCAACAACAAAGCGAUCAGAUCGCAGCAAACGGAUAUCAAUUUCGACCAAUCAGCGAUUGGUCUCCGUUUGACAGCAAAUUGUUCUUGAAUCAGCUGACAACGUGACGCAUCCUAACCUAGUACACUUAGAAAACAUGGUCUAGCAACCAUGAAAAUGGCCAUAUCAACAUAGGGCAAUGCAUACUGCGGUUGCUAAGGAAAAAUUUUCUAAGUCUCUGACGUUUCGUGGCCUUGUUGUUUACAGUUUGGACUUAGAGAAUUUCAGUCGAAUUUUCGUUUUGUCCGGGAAGAGAUCCAGUGAUGAUGGUCGAGCCCAGAAUAUUUCAAGCCAGCGCCAAUUGGGUCAUUCUGACCGAACAAGUUCCACCGAACCAGGAAAUAUUCGUGACCGAAACCUAUUUGAUGAGGGUAAACCAUAUUUGAAGCGGAUAUUCUACCAGCUUCUAUUAUAAUACUGCGAUGGCGCAGAUCCACCCCCAGAAGACAUGGACGCCAGCAAACGAUCAAGUUCUGGAAGGAGUGUGACCCUAGAUAUGCCGAACCUUUGCGAGAUUGCCGCCCUCAAGAUUCUCCUUUCAUCCAUCCAGAUGGCCAUAAUAGUGUACCUCGGCACCAAUCCAGGUCAAGCUUUCCAUCACUCACCGCUGAAGAAGAGGAAGUUGGAGUUUCUAACGCACCGUUAUUCAGAUUGGUUUUAUGCGAGUAGAUGAUUACCAAAUUGUUAAAUAUACCUAAUGGAAUAAAAGUGCAGUGCCGAACAUUCCGAUUCAAAAUAUUUUUCUAAUGAAAUUGUUGGACAAAUUCUGGUUGAAUUCCGUGGGAAUUCUGGCAUGCAUCCGGUUGGCCUUAUGGUGGGAAUAAUGGAUUAACUUGAAAGCCCGGAAGCCCCUAAGAGCAGUUUUUAUGAUAUUUCUAAAGAGGUUUUAUCUGGGAUUCUUCCAGGAGUUUUUUCCGUUAUUCUCACAGGAACUCCUUCCACGAUUGCUUAUUUCAGAGAUUCCUUCUGGGAUUUCUCCAAAAAUUCCUUCUGGGAUGCCGCCAGAAGUUUUGGGAUUUCUCCAGAAAUUCUUUCCGAGAUUCCACCAGGAAAUUUUAAGGACCUCCAUGUGCUUGUUUCAUUUGAAUAAAACUAACCGUGAAACAUCGUUCCUUCGAAUGACUCUUCAGGAGUUUCUUCUGGUAUUUCUGCAGCAGCUCAAUUUUUAUUUCUUCAAGAGCUACAUCUAAGAUUUCUCCAGAAGUUCCUUCUGGAAUUCCUUCUUUUCAGAAUUCUCCCUUCUGGGAUUCCUCCAAAAUUUCCUUCUAAAUUCCUCUUUCUGGGGAUUUCUCCUCCAAAGAUUUCUGCAGAAGUUAAUGCUGAGAUUUUUCUGGAAUUCCUUCCAAGGUUCCCCAAGAAGGUUAUUCAUGGGUUCUUCCAGGGUUUCUUUCUAAGAUUAUACCAGGAGUUUCCUCGGAUAUCCCUCAAGGAAUUUCAACCGGAAUUUCUUCCGGGAUUCCCCCAGAAGUUCAUUCUGAGAUUCCUCAAGAACUUCCUUCCUGGUUUCCUUUAGGAAUUUCUACCAGGAUUCCUUCAGGUGUUUCUUCCGGGCACUUAGAUAUGCAUUCCGAGAUUCCUCCAGGAAUUUCUUCCGGGAUUAUUCCAGGAAUUCCAUUCAAAAUCUUUCCAGAUGUACCUUUAGGGAUUCCUCCAGGAUUCUUCCUUUUGAGAAUUCCUCCUUCUGAUUCAUUCCGGAGUACCUUCUAGGAUUCCUCUAAGAUUUUCUCCUGGGUUUAAUCAGGAACUCCUUCUGGGAUCCCUCCAGAAAUUCCUUCUAGGAUUUCUCCAAGAUCUCCUUUCGAUAUUCCUCUAGGAAUUUGUUGCAAGAUACCUCUAAGAGUUCCUUCUGAGAUUCCCCAAGAAUUUCUUCUUUAGAUUCCCGUUUUUUUUUCUGGAAAUAAAUAAAUAAAUAAAUAAAAUUUCUCUAGAAGUUUCAUCAGGGAUUCCUUUACGAGUUUCCUCUGAGAUUCCUCCAGUUCCUUUCGGAAUGUCUUUGGAAUUUUUUUGAACUAUUGGAACUAUUGGAUGAAACUGAAAGGAACGAUUGGAGAAAAACUGAAGGAACUCCUGUAGCAAUUCGCUACAAAUCUGCUGGAAAUAUUGCUUAAAAAGUUGUUGGAGGAAUUUCUCUAGGAAGUGUUUAGGAAUUGUAUAUGGAACUCAUGAUUGAAUUCCAGAUGGAAUUCUUGGAAUUCUUUCAUAAGGAAUUCAAACAAAAAAAUCCUGGAUGAUUGCCAUGAGGAACAUCUGAGAGAAUUCCAGAGGAAUUCCAGAAUGAUCUGUAAGAAUUUCAUAUGGAACUGCUGUAGGAAUCCCGGAAGAAGUUCUAGGAGGAAUUACGGAAGGAGUUCAUAAAGAAAUCCCGGAAUGAGUAGGAUUACCGGAAGAAGUUCUCGACUGAAUCCGGCAGAAGUUCUUGGAGGAACCCCGGAAAGAUUUUCUGGAUAAAUCCCAGAAAGAAUUCUUGGAGAAAUCUCAGAUGGAACUCCUGCAAAAAUUUGGCAAAAAUCGUGAAUUGAAUUUCUGGAGGUGUCCGGAAGAAAUCCCGGAAGGAAUUACUGAAGCAAUCCUGUAAAGAACUUAUGAAAAAAUCCCGGAAGAUAUCACGGGUGAUAUUUCUGGGGGGAUCUCAGAUGCCACUCCAAGUGUAAUCUCAGAAGAAAAUCCUGAAAGAAAUUCUGGAGGAACGAAUGGGAGGAACCCGUGAAGUAACUCCUGGAGGAGUCCUAGAAGCAGUUCCUGUAGGAAUCCUCGAAGAAAUUAAUGAACAACCCCCUGGAAGAAGUUUAUGGAAGAAAGAUUUCCUGGAUGAAUCCCAUAAAAAAAACUCCUGGAGCGCUUCAAAUAGCAAUUCCUGGAGGAAUCAUUGGAGGAACCUCUGGACGAAACAAAGAAUUUAUUCUUAAAUAAAUCCCAGAAGAAACUGGGAAUAAUCCCGGAAGGAAUAUGUGCUGGAAUUUCGAAAUGAAUAUCUGAGUGGACCCUGGAAGGAACACCUGAAGAAAUGUCGGUUAAAAUUCCAGGAGGGAGGUCCGAAAAAUUUCCUGGUGGAAUCUCAGAAGAAAACUCUGGAGGAAACCCUGAAGGAACUCGUGAAAGAACCCAUGCAUUAGCUCCUGGAGUAAUCUUAGAAGCAUCUCAUGGAUGGAUUUCUGGUAGAAGUUCUUAUGUAAA